CAUAUGAGGCUACCUAUGCCACAUGAACACAAUAACUGCAAUCAAUUCGUCCCGUUUUUUUGCAGGACACUGCAAGAAAUGUGAUAUUUUGCGAUUACGUAUAAUGAAUAGGCGUGGAGAAGAGUCUAGGCAAAUAGAGCUCAUAUUACCACUUCCUGAGCCGCUGGAAGAAAACACGUAGGAAUAUAUUGCAUGCGCAUUUGAGAUGAAGGCGUGCCGUCUUCAACAAUGGCAGGAGCAAGCGACAGGAGUAACGUUACGCCACUGCAGGCUCAGGAGACGGCCCGACUGGAAGAGCAUCUGAAGGGAUGGAGAGAGGUGCUACUGGCUCUGGAUCAGGUGCUGCGGUGGCAGAGGCCGUGGUUCCCCCUUGCAGUGAUUGGCUUCACUACCGCAUUCUUUUUGUCACUGUAUUAUCUGGACCCAUCCGUGCUGACCGGAGUCUCGAGUACUAUCGUGAUACUAAGUCUGGCUGACUACUUGGUGCCCAUCCUCGCCUCUAAGAUCUUUGGAUCGAGUCAGUGCAGGGUGUCGGAACAACAACGUUUCCAUGAGAUAUGCACAGGCCUGGUGAAGACAUACCAUCAAUUCACUGACAGUUGGAGAAGCUUUUUUAACUUCAAGGAGAGGAGACCAAAGAUGUACUUCCUACUAGUACUAAGCGUUCUACUGGGGAUGGCAUGGAUUGGCCAGCAGGUCCAUAACCUCUUGUUGACCCACCUGAUUGUCACCUUCAUCUUGCUUCUUCCUGGAAUCUCGAUCUGUGUAUCAAAAUACACUGGCAUGGUACAGAGACUUUUCAGACGAGCCAAAAAGAACGAGUGAAGAUCCGGGUGUCCUUCCACUUUGAAGCAAGGUCUCUCUCAGUGCCACAGGCAGGGACGUCUCCCACACUGCAACGUUGUUAUCAUGUUCAAAACAUCAUCUUCUGUGAAUUCCAGUGUAGUCUGUUUGUAAGGACACUGUAGUGGAGGCACAAUACUUCUGCUGUAAAAUAUGUCACAGAUGCUCCGGAGGUUUGUUCCCUCAGAGUGGUAUACCAUAGACAUUUUAUAUUCAUAUGUGCCAUUCACUGGUAUCAGUAUGCCAUAGAACCAUAGAACUAUAGAGUAAACAUUAUCUUGUGAACCCUGCAAUGUUAUGGUCAUGCCAGAGGCCACUGAAUGGCAGUUUUAGAUGCAAUUACUUCCUCGCUCACACAUUCCUUCAGUCCAUGCUUUGUGUAGAUUUAUUUAUUAUUUUAGUUUUUGUAAUUUUCAGGCGGUUUACGUGAGAAUUGAUCAAUUCCUUAAGUGUUUUCAGAAUAAAUCACAUGUUUGGCGAAA